UCGUGAAAUCCAUCCCUAUCCCAAAUCCAUCCCUCUCUCUCUUCGUGAAAUCCAUCCCUACCCCAAAUCCAUCCCUCUCUUCAUCUUCGUCCGUGUCCCCUUCAUCUGGGUUAUGGGUGGCAGCAAGGCAUCUUCCACGAGUGAAGUUGGAAACGGCUUACCAAGAUGUGGAUGCAAUGAAACCAUGAAGUUGUUGGUCUCCAAGUCAAUUGAAAACCCCGGUCGCAAAUUUUGGAAAUGCAGGAAUUAUAUGAAUGGGUGCGGUUUAUUUUUGUGGGAUGAUUUGGUCAGUGAGUUUGCAGUGAAAGAAACCAAUCCGUCCGGAUGCCGCCAAUGUGAAGUCAACAAGGCUUAUUUGAUUGAAUUUGCUAAAGAGAUUGUUGAGGAGAUAGAUUGCAGAGUCGGAAAGCUUAACAAGUUAGAAAAACUGAAGAAAAAGAUUGCAAUGGAAAAGAGGAAAAAUUUAUGGUUAAUGUUUGUAAUUGGUCUGUCAUGGAUGUUGAUAGCAGCUAUGGUUAAGUUAGUCUAA